AUGGACGAGGUCCCAAUUGAAAAGCGACCGAAAUAUGGGCUGAAUAUUUACGGAGCCAUUGCAGUAAAUCCGUACAAGUUAACCAUCCUAUGCGAGGAAAUCGGCAUUCGGUAUCACUACAUUAUCGUGGAUCAUAGCAAUGGAGAGCAAAAGAGCCCCUGGUUUACCAAGAUCAAUCCGAAUGGUCGCCUUCCAGCAAUCGUCCAUGUCAAAGACGACGGGUCUUCAGUAUCGCUUUGGGAGAGCGCAGCAUGCUUGAUGUACAUUGCGUCAGAGUUUGACCAGGAACAUCAUGUGUCGUAUCCUACGGGAAGUGAGGAGUACUGGCAAAUGAUUGCUUGGUUAUCAUGGCAGAUAUCUGGGCAAGGGCCCAUGAUGGGUCAAGCGUGCCACUUCCUGCGAUACGCAACUGAAAGCGUCCCUUAUGGCUUGAAGCGCUACACAGCGGAAUGUCGCCGGCUGUACCAUGUUCUGGAUGUCCAUUUAUCAUCAAGUCCAUUUGUGGCCGGAUCACGCCUUACCAUUGCCGACAUAUCUAUAUACAUCUGGGCGCUCUCUGCGAAGUGGUGUGGCGUGGACAUUGAAGAGUUUCCUGCCGCUAAAGCGUGGCUUGAUGCGCUAUCACAACGACCAUCAUUCCAAAGAGGGCUGAACGUGCCAGCACCAUAUCCUUUUACUGACCUGAAGGUCUCAAACCCGAAGAGAGCAGCAUUCUACAGGUUAGUAGAAAAGAAAGGAACAAAAUCAGUGCAAAAGGAUACAGAUAAAUGGGCCAAGAAUGCCGGGAUGCUGUAG